AUGGCCGCUUCUGCGGCUGUUCCUCCGCUUCUGCGUUCCCACACUUGCAGUUCCCACUCUGCAGGUGUUAUGACAGCUGAAACAGACCAAUAUGCAGUUUCAAAUAUUGUGCACAGAAAGAUUAAUAACUUGAUUUACAACAAACAGGUUCCUCUCUCACAUCUUCCUGAACCAGUUUAUAAGACUUCAGUGGAUUGGAUCAACCAACGUUCCUACGAGUCUCUUGGAUCAUUUGUGUUGUGGGCAUUGGACAGUAUUGUUGUAGACUUGGCAACCCAACUAGGAGGUUCUAAGGGCUCCAAGAAAGGCGGUCAACAAACGUCGUCAAAAUCUCAGGUUGCCAUGUUUCUGGUGUUGGCAAUGGUACUACGACGGAAGCCUGAUGUUUUGAUCAACGUACUGCCGACGCUUCGGGAAAGCCCAAAGUAUCAAGGGCAAGACAAACUUUCAGUCAUUGCAUGGAUGAUUGUCCAGGCCUGUCAGGGAGAUCUCUGUGUUGGAUUGUACUUGUGGGCGCAUCAUACCUUGCCUUUAAUUGGAGGGAAAUCAGGUUCUAAUCCACAGACCAGGGACUUGAUUCUGCAGUUGGUAGAAAGGAUUCUCUCUGCACCAAAAGCUCGUACAAUUUUAGUAAAUGGGGCUGUUAGGAAGGGAGAGCGUCUGAUGCCACCUUCAUCCCUUGACCUGCUUUUACGGGUGACCUUCCCAGCUCCCUCUGCGCGAGUCAAGGCUACUGAAAGAUUUGAGGCAGUAUAUCCCAUCCUCAAGGAGGUUGCCUUUGCUGGUUCCCCAGGAAGCAAAGCAAUGAAGCAAGUUUCACAACAGAUACUUUUACUAGCCGUGAAAGCAGUUGCAGAAGGUAUCUUUUCCUUGAACUCUUUUCUCUGGUUCGGUUCAUCUACGAGUGGCAAUUUGAGCCCAAACCAAUUUGAUCCGCCCUACCAGCCCAAAGUCAUUGACCCGCCAAUUUGUUGAACUCAGCCCAUCUUGACCCAACCCA